AUGCUGGACGGCGCACGAUAUGCUAGUUACCGCCCCCUUACGCCCUUCAAGGAGAACGAUCUCACGGUACUCCCGCCGCCUCUGCCCGAUGAUCAGCCUCCCUCGGAAUCCCAGGCCGCGUUAUACCCUUCGACAUCUCUGCUAGACUCACUCUCCCUGAUUCACAUCUGUCUGGCACGGAAAGAUACCAUUCCUAGGGCUUUCGAUAUCUUCUGGAGCCUCCUGGACGACCACGCUGCUUCCAAGACGAGUCUGCCGGACCCCAACGUCUGGGCGAAUGUGAUAGAAGGAGUCCUUUCUUUAGCAGCAUCUAAGCAAGCAGGAGGACGUUUUACUUCAGGGAAUGUAGAUUGGGCGUCGAAGGCUGAAGCGCUUAUCGCCGAGUGGGAGAAGUUCAAUGGCGGCCGAUCUGAGCCGGGAUCAUCCAGACCACGACCGCUCGGUUUAAGCCGUGGCGGUGAGAAGGUCUACUCUAGCUACCUCAGAGGUCUCGUCGCAUCUGGUUUGCCGGUGGUCCCAAUACUUCCAUACCUCCAGUCCCCUAAUCUCUCUCUAGCCACGAUGAUGGCUGAAUGGAGUCAGGGAGAGAAGGAAGAAGCACUCACGGCCGUGCGAGCAGCAGCAGAGGCAGAAGAGGACAGCGUGGUUUUGAAAGUCGUAAACGUCACAAGGGGGAUGGAAAAAGACCGGAGAGAAAGACUGGGGCGGGAACUGCCUCCUGAGGUCAAUCCGCUACCUGCUCCCUAUACCACAUCCCUCAUGCGUCAGAUUGGCAGCCAAUCCUCAGAUCCAGACGCCGUACUGCCUCGGUUCCCCAUUGCCAAUCUACGAGCAACCUUCAAGGAAAUUUCACCGGACGAUCUUCCUCUUCGUCGGCAAGAGAUGCUCGAAGCCGCCUCUUUGUCGGCAGCACGAGCCGAAAUGGAAAACGCCGCACAAUUGCUGGAAGAGCAAGGGUUGAAGGAAGUUGUUGAUUCGCAGAGACUUCGGUCUGGGAAACUUCAAGCAUGGAUGUGGCAAUGGAGCCUCGAUUUGACCAAACGAUUGACAAGUGACCUGGAAGCUUUGGAAAGGACGACAAAUGUCAAAGGUCUGCCAAAGAGUUCUGCGGGGAGAGCGAAAGAUCAAGAUCUUUUGCUCUAUCUCCGUCUACUCGCUCCCGAAAAAUUAGCACUGGUGACGAUCCUCGAGGUCAUGCGAUCGUGUGGAGCUGGAGGUAUAUCCGACGGUCUCAAAACCCUACGCGGUUUGAUACAGGUCGGCAAAGCUGUCGAGACCGAGUACAGAGCCUUGACAAUACAAAACAUGCUAGGAAAAGACAGCCAGGCUGUUUUGGGAGGCGGGGAGAAUACUCAGGAUGGGGAAAGGGCGGUUAACCGGCUAUGGCGCAAAGUUGGCAAGCAGGCCCAAGCCGAGGGAGUUGAGACUAUGGAAGAACGGGACGUCGAGGAAUCUGCAGAUGCGGCUCGCGUUGAAAGGCUCGACCAUACCCAAGCCCUCGACGCACUGCGACGUGUUUGGACGCCUGAUUGGACUCAAGCUAAGCAUGUUUCAGUUGGCGCCUUUUUGGUGGAUGCCCUGGUUGAUACUGCGAAAGUUACAAGAACGACAACCGAUGAGGACGGUGUGGAGCACUCCGAAAUCCAACCUGCCUUCUCCCACUCUUAUGAAUACGUUCGUGGAAACAAGCUUGGAGUGAUCAAGUUGAAUCCCGCUGUCGCCUCGAGAAUGGCGAAAGACCCGAUCGCUAUUGUGGUACAUCCCAAACAUAUGCCAAUGUUGAUCCCGCCACGACCCUGGAAAGCGCACGAUGAUGGUGCAUAUCUCUUUCAUAAAGUAUCCGUCAUGCGAUUCAAGGAAAGUGCCGAGCAAGGCAGUUAUCUUCGAGCGGCUUCGGAAGCAGGUCGACUCAACUCUGUCUUCGCUGGCCUCGACGUCCUGUCGAGCACACCUUGGAGGGUGAAUCGCAGUGUAUUUGACGUCGUCUUGGAGGCCUGGAACAAGGGCGAUGCGAUUGCGGAUCUACCGGCUUCUGAAGAAAAGUCCCACUAUCGUCAACCAAUAAAGCCGAGUCCGGACGAUGUCGAUCCCGCUUCAAGGUCGAAUUACGUUGCUCAGAUGCGUGAUGUUCAGAGCGAGAUGAAGAAGGAUCAUUCGGAACGAUGCAAAUUCAACUACAACCUGGAACUGGCACGUUCGUUCCUCAAUGACGUCUUCUAUAUCCCUCACAACGUGGAUUUCCGAGGGCGAGCUUACCCCAUCCCACCGCAUCUCAACCCGGUUGGGGACGAUCUCUGUCGAGGUUUACUUACCUUCGGGACCCAGAAGCCCCUCGGAGAGCGAGGUCUGAUGUGGCUCCGCAUCCAUCUCGCCAAUCUUUAUGGAUUUGACAAAGCGAAAUUCAAGGAUCGCGAGCAAUUCGCUAUUGAUCACCAGAAAGACAUCUUCGAUAGCGCCGACAACCCUCUUGGGGGCAAUCGAUGGUGGCUCAAGGCUGAGGAGCCGUGGCAAUGCCUGGCAGCAUGCUUUGAAUUGUCUGCAGCGCUCAGGUCAGGGAACCCUCACGAAUAUCUUUCGUCUCUUCCUGUGCACCAGGACGGAACAUGUAACGGGAUGCAGCACUAUGCAGCUCUUGGAGGGGAUGUGCAGGGAGCCAAAGCGGUCAACCUUGUUGGAGGGGAUCGUCCGGCCGACGUAUACACCCGUAUCGCCGAUCUCGUCAACGAAAUCAUCAACCAGGACGCGGCCGCUGGCAAGUCGUUUGCGCAAAUCGCGCAAGGCAAAAUAACGCGGAAGGUCGUCAAGCAAACUGUUAUGACGACAGUAUAUGGAGUGACCUUUAUUGGAGCGAAAGAGCAGAUCGCCAAGCAAUUGGUAGCCAAGGGAGAGAUUCCACGGGAAUACAUCUACCACGUCUCGGGAUAUAUCGCUACUACCGUGCUAGCCUGUAUCGGCGACUUGUUCUCCGGCGCCAAGGCUAUCCAGGACUGGCUGACAAUGUCGGCAAGAUUGAUCUGCAAGAGUGUCUCUAUGGAGCGCGCUCCCGCAAUGGUCAGCCCGCUUACCAAAUCGGCGAAUCCAAGGAAGAAGACCUUGGACUCGGAUGAAAUUCCCGUGCUGGAUAAAGCAGGUAAAGCCGUCACCAGAUUGCAGAAAGAGGCGAUGACGAGCGUAGUCUGGACGUCGCCUUUGGGACUCCCCGUCGUUCAGCCUUAUCGGAAGAUCGCCAGGAAACAGGUCCUGACUGCGCUUCAAACGGUAUACAUCUCGGAUCCUAAUGCCGUCUCCGAGGUGGCUUCCGGCAAGCAGGCUUCCGCCAUGCCUCCCAACUUCAUCCAUUCUCUGGACGCCACGCAUAUGCUCAUGUGUGCCGCAAGGUGUCGAGACGACGGCAUCACUUUUGCCAGUGUGCACGACUCGUACUGGAGUCACGCUUCGAGCAUCGAUCAACUGAGCAAAAACAUCAGGGAAACAUUCAUCGAGCUGCAUUCGAGGGACAUUAUCGGGGACGUUCGAAAAGAGUUCCUCGAACGAUACAAGGAUCACGUCAUCCCUGUCAAAUCGGCUCGAGACAUCUUCAACGCUAGCAGGAGGAGGAAGCCGGUUGCUCAGCUUCAGCCAAAUUCCGAAUCAGCCGAGGCGGAAGACGUCGCCGAGGAGGCCGGAAUCGAAGAACCAACCAAAAGAAGCUCGAGGGCCACGGCGUUUGUCAACCUCGAGGGCGAAUACAAGGAAAAGAUGGAAGUCGGCACGCGGCAAUUCGUAAAGUUUAGCGACGCACUGCCUCAGACGCCACUCAAGGGGAAUUUUGACGUCAACAACAUCAGGGAGAGUCCCUACUUUUUCUCUUAG